UAGAAUGAAAGGGGCUUUUUUUAAAGUUUUAACCCGGAAUUCCUCAGAUCUGUUCGUGUUGGUGUUCAGAUCUCAGAUUACCAGGUGUUGAAGUAAGCUAUUUUCGUGUUUCUACGACGGUCUUGAGUCUUGCUCCCGUACAAUUGGCAACUGUUUGAUUUGGAAGGGUCAAAAUGGUGGUCCUUGCAGCUUCUGUUAUAAGUAAAUCUGGUAAAGCUCUAGUUUCGAGGCAGUUUGUGGACAUGUCUCGUAUAAGGAUUGAGGGAUUACUUGCAGCCUUCCCCAAAUUGGUUGGUACAGGAAGACAGCACACAUAUGUUGAGACAGAGAAUGUGCGUUAUGUGUACCAGCCAAUAGAAUCUCUAUAUUUGCUACUUGUAACAAACAAACAGAGCAACAUUCUUGAAGAUUUAGAGACAUUGAGACUGCUCUCUAAACUUGUUCCUGAGUAUUCUCCCUCACUAGAAGAAGAGGGCAUUUGCAAGGCUGCUUUUGAGCUGAUUUUUUCUUUCGAUGAAGUCAUAUCUCUUGGACACAGAGAAAAUGUCUCUGUUGUACAGGUAAAACAGUACUGUGAGAUGGACAGUCAUGAAGAGAGAUUGCACAGGCUGGUAAUGCAGAGCAAGAUCAAUGAAACCAAGGACAUCAUGAAGCGGAAAGCUAGCGAGAUUGACAAAAGCAAGAUUGAUAGAACUAGAAGUGAAAAAGGGGGUUACAUGUCUCUCCAAAUGACAGGUUCAGGAAGAAUUGAGAGUAGCUUUAGCGAAAUGAGCAUAUCUAGUAGCAGCAGUGGGUUUGGAAGUGGAUUGGGUAGUGAAGUGGAAACCUUCUCUAGCAAAUCCAAAGGUCGUCCCUCUGCAUCUGCCACUGCUCCUCCUAAAGGUCUUGGUAUGAAGCUUGGUAAAACACAGAGAACAAACCAAUUCUUGGAAUCCCUUAAAGCUGAAGGUGAAGUGAUUCUUGAGGACGUGCAACCAACUGCUGGUCAGGCCAGAGCAGCUGCACCACCACCAACUGAUCCUAUCACAUUGACUGUUGAAGAGAAGCUUAAUGUGACACUGAAGAGAGAUGGUGGGCUCAGUAACUUUGAUGUGCAAGGUACCCUUUUGCUCCAAAUUCUUAACCAGGAGGACGCGUUCAUUCAAGUCCAGAUUGAAACUGGGGAAAAUGCUGGUGUAGUUUUCAAAACUCACCCUAAUAUCAACAAAGAUCUAUUCUCCAGCGAAAAUAUUCUAGGCUUGAAGGAUCCUAAUAGGCCUUUUCCGACUGGUCAAGCUGGUGAUGCAGCAGGAGUUGGCCUUUUAAGGUGGAGAAUGCAGAGUGUGGAUGAGUCAGUUGUGCCAUUAACAAUCAACUGCUGGCCCUCUAUAUCUGGAAGUGAAACAUAUGUCAGCAUAGAAUAUGAAUCUUCAUCAAUGUUUGACCUGCAAAAUGUUGUGAUAUCAGUACCUCUUCCUGCACUUCGGGAGGCACCGACUGUGAGGCAGAUUGAUGGGGAGUGGAGGUAUGACUCGAGGAGUUCCACAUUGGAGUGGUCCAUACUACUAAUUGAUGGGUCUAACCGCAGUGGGUCGAUGGAGUUUGUUGUUCCUCCGGCAGAUACGUCAGUGUUCUUUCCCAUUUCGGUCAGGUUCACUGCUACGAAGACAUUCAGUGAUCUAAAGAUUGUGAAUAUAUUGCCACUGAGAGGAGGCCCUUCUCCAAAGUUCUCUCAGCGAACUCAGUUGAUUGCGGAGAACUACCAGGUGGUGUGAUUUUGAUGUCCGGUUGAGGUCCGUGCUACUUUCAAAGUGAUGGUUUCUCCAGUGAGACUUUUUUUUUUCCUUUCCCUUUUUGUUUUUUUUGCUAUAAAUGUUGUGCUGGAUAGUAUUACUUCAAGGUUAGGUUGCUUAUUCAGGUGGUGCUAUCUAGUGUAGAAAAAUACUUAAAACAAGGUGUGGGACAGUGAAAAAAAUAUUAAAUUGGGAUUUCCCACAUUUCACUUUCAUCAAUCUGAAAAUAAUAUUCUGCUAUUAUUACUGAA